UUAAAUUAAAAAAAAACCAAAAAAAGAAAGAAAAUAUAACAAAAAAUCAAGAAAUUGCAAUAGCAUCUAAAAAACUUGUUGAUUACUUACUUGAGAUAUUUUCUGUAGAUUAUGAUUUAAGUGAUUAUUUGUUCAAACAAAGGUUUUUUGUAAUAUUAGAUUCACUCUUAGAUUCUAUUAAUAUGGAUUUGAAAAAACAA